GGGGUCAUUAGUUCUUCUAGUGUGAGCGCCAGUGGGACACCUAUCGCCGUUAUGCCCGAGCCCGCCAAGUCCGCGCCCGCCCCGAAGAAGGGCUCCAAGAAGGCGGUGACCAAGGCGCAGAAGAAGGACGGCAAGAAGCGCAAGCGCAGCCGCAAGGAGAGCUACUCGGUGUACGUGUACAAGGUGCUCAAGCAGGUGCACCCCGACACCGGCAUCUCGUCCAAGGCCAUGGGCAUCAUGAACUCGUUCGUCAACGACAUCUUCGAGCGCAUCGCGGGCGAGGCGUCGCGCCUGGCGCAUUACAACAAGCGCUCGACCAUCACGUCCCGCGAGAUCCAGACGGCCGUGCGCCUGCUGCUGCCCGGCGAGCUGGCCAAGCACGCCGUGUCCGAGGGCACCAAGGCCGUCACCAAGUACACCAGCUCCAAGGCAGAAAUGAAUGCAGAGAAGAAAUGAAUGCAAACAGUAACUGAACAUGUGAAUCAACCCAUAGAGGUUAUGAAAUCCGAAACGUCUGAUCUGCCUGAGAAUAAUUGCUGUGUAUCCCACACGUACCCACCCCCUCCUGGUUCCGGCACAUCGAUUCAUCAAAAGGUCAUUCGCUGAGUGGAGGAGCCCAAACACGGUGUUUUAUUUUAGCUUUCUCAUUUUAUUACUUGUUUCAAUCCUAAAAAUAGACUUUCCUUCUGUCACAAGCCCACUUACUGGGAAUU